AUGGCCGCGACCGACAUUGCGGAAGCCAGAGAGCUUAGCUUGAUCUCCAAGGUUGAGCUCAGAAUCGCCUUAGCAGAUACAGACGAGAAGCUGGAGUCCCUCCUCGGCACAUACUUGGCCCCUUUGUUACUGAAACUGGGCGCGCACAGUCAUGCGGUUCGCAGCAAAGUGAUUUCCGUUUGCCAGCAUAUCAACACCAGAGUCAAGCCCCCCGCAAUCAAGCUCCCCGUUGCGGCGCUGUUGAAACAGUUCAAGGAGCAAAAAGCACAACUUAUCAGGCAUUUCGACCUGAUCUACCUACAGCAGGGUAUUGAUCGCUUGGGCUCUGAUGCCAGAGUUGAGAUUCUGGUGCCGUUAUUGCAGGGCAUCUCCGAGAUUGGGACGUCUGCGAAUCAGGGGGCUGUUGUGUUCAACCUGGUGCUACGGCUUUUGCCAUUAUUAAAGCUUCCGCCGAAGGAUAGCGCGGAUGAUAUCAGUCUGAAGGCUCGUUUGGAUCUCUCUGACCAGGAUACCCAAUUUCUCUCUUACUGGUUUGCGAGACUACUGCUUCUUACGCCUGAGAAGGCCACUUCCACGUGUUCAGGUCUAUCUCCAGCGGAGUGCAAAUUUUUGAACAAGGACGCGCCUGUAACUGAGACAUGGGACCUCGCCCGAGAUGGCGGGUUGAAUCUUACUGAAACGAAAGUGCGAGUAUUGAGGUUCAUCUCGAGCGGAGCAUUCAGUGAUUCAGAACGGAUUAUGCCCGCGAUCAUUGCGUCCGCAGACAGUAACUCACGCUUGUCUGAUCUUGCCGAGGAACUUCUCAAGAGGUUUAUACCCGACCUUGAAAACCAGGAUGUCGUGCAGCAGCUCUAUCAACUCUAUUUUGGUGCUGAGACACCAGACGGGGCUCGCCCGGCGGGUCCUGCCCUGCAAACCAAGCUUCUAGUUUUUCUCGGAAAGUCGGUGACAGCCACGACAUACACUAAUGAAAUAAUUCGGUUAAUUGAGGAUGGUCUCUUAUCAGACUCGGCAAGGUCUUCUCAAGGACUACAGGCCUCGAAGUUGCGAACCCAGAUCUUCAACUUUACAACAUGGGUGGUCCGCAUGGGAUCACCGGCUGAUCUCAGGCAGAUGGCCCCAAAAGUCAUUGCCGGAUUGAUGGACUUUAUUCGCUCCCAGGGUUGGCCUAGUCCAGGAGCUAGCGGGCAGCGGCUUCCUGGUACUGAUCUGAGUCUACGCGCUCUUGCAUAUGAGAGUAUUGGGAUCAUUGUCCCCAAAGCCGACCUCAAGUUUAGUGAUGGGCACGAAACGAUCUCCUAUUUCGAGCUGAUCAAAUGGCUGUUCACGUCGCUAAGCUGUGAUGACUCCAGCCCCCAAAUUUUCGUCAGCAUUGAACAGGCUCUCGGGAGCAUCCUUAAUUCGUCAAUAGAUGUCGGGGACGUCGAGUUCCAGAAGGAGCUGAGCCAUUUCCUUCUGUCCCAGAUGAGGACAUACCCUGGAGGCGACAACGAGGAAACCGGGUGCACAAUUGUGCGUGGCCCACAGUAUGCAGCAGUGCGAUUUACGAACCGAUUCUUGCCAUUUAGCAAUGUUGUUGCGCGCUGGAUCGAUCUUAUGGCCGUUGCAGGGGGUACCGAUAAACACCAGGAGAUUUCUGAAGAGGGGAGAAAAGGCCUCAAUCCAUAUUGGUACAGGCUGAUGAAUCCGACCAUGGAGAAUAAAACUACCAAUUCUUCAGGUAAAGCCACUUUGUACUUUGACUUUCCUAGCUUUAUUGAGGCCACAAACUUCUUGCUUUUCACAGUGGUACCUGGAAACCAUGAGUUUGGAAUGUUCUCUGGCCGAUACAGAGACUCAUUCGCCCCGGCAAUGACAUUUCUCCGCAAUAUCCUGUUCUGGGAGUCUCUCUUAGCGGCUGGGAUUGAGAUGAAGAUAGAGCAAGAUUGGGAACCUAAGCUUGAUUUGAUGCUCGCAUCAGAUGAAAAGGCACGGGCGGCUCUGAAAAGGCAUAUGCAAUCGAAUGGGCAGGAUAUGGUCGGGAUAUUCCUGCAGUCUACUCUCAUGGGUCUUGUUGAUGGAUAUGGAGAGGGUCGGCGAAUAUGUGGAGAGCACUUUGUCAGUAUCUGCUCAUUGGCAGCCAACAACUCGGUUGAGUGGCUUCUACCGCAGGCUCUCUCGUUGAAAGGAGCUCUAUCCAGCAAUGACCAGGAUGCUCAGAACACCGCCGCUCGAGCAAUCGGCAUUCUAGCCUCCCAUCCUGCCUUUCCGCAGGAAGAUCUGUCCGAUCUAGCAACGGAGCUUUCGGCCACGGCAGGAUCUUGGGAGUCGGCGGUUGGCGAGAGAAUCCUCAAGGCUCGAGGAGCGAUACUCGCACUAGCUUUUGUGUUUAGCAGGUUUGCGUUCAGAGAAGCAAAAGGGCAGAUUUCCGAGGCGCAACUGAACGGAUUUGUCAAGGUUGUCUUUACCAUUGUUGAUACGUCGCGCGACUCUCUUCUCCGGCAGGCUGCACAGACAGCUAUUGGACAACUAAGCCUGUCCGGCCUUCUGUCUCCGACUACGUUCACUGAAAACGAGUGGGAGACUGUAAAGGACAAGCUUGCCAAAGAUGCAAAGGCUGAGAGUAAUAUUGCUAUCUCAGCUAUCGGAUUGCUUCUGCUCGCCUUUCCAAGUGAGGCGCUGCAGUUUGAGCAAUUACUUGAUGUUCUUUACAGUUUGCAUGAGCUCCGAAGUCCUGAAGUUCACUUUACAGUAGGUGAGGCACUGAGCAAUGCCGUCGCCAGCUGGAACUCCAAGUCGCUAGUUCCAGAAUUCGACGUCGACGAGCAGCUUCCUGAAAAUAAGAUUCCGACUUCGGUCCUUGCGGAUGUUUGUGAUAAGCUUGCUAUGGACUGCAGAACAUCAAAACCGUCUUUGAGGAAAGCAUCUGCGAUAUGGUUACUUUGUCUGGUCAAAAACUGCGGUCACAUGGAAGAGGUACAAAGCCGCCUACGCAAAUGCCAAAUCACGUUUGCUAGCUUAUUGAGCGACCGGAACGAGAUGGUUCAGGAAACUGGAGCUCAGGGAUUGAGCUUAGUGUACGAAAUGGGCGACCAAGCUCUCAAGGAUGACCUCGUUCGUGAUCUUGUGGACUCGUUUACCGCGACUAACGCAAACCUCGGCGGAGGGAAGGUGAAUGAAAAGACCGAGCUUUUCGAGCCAGGAGCAUUACCGACCGGCGGAGGCUCGUCGGUCAAUACAUACAAAGACAUUAUGAACCUCGCUUCCGAGGCUGGCGAUCCCACCCUUGUUUAUCGGUUCAUGUCAUUGGCUUCUAACAACGCGCUUUGGACAAGCCGGGCAGCGUUCAGCAAGAUUGGUAUCAGCAGCAUCUUCUCAGAUUCCAGCGUCAAUGGAUAUCUGGCGAAGAACACCAAGAUCUACCCAAAGCUCUUUCGCUAUCGGUUCGAUCCAAAUCCGAACGUGCAGCGCUCAAUGAACACGAUCUGGCUUGCCCUGGUCAAGGACCCAAAUGCUAUUAUCAGUGCUCAUUUCGACGAGAUCAUUACUGAUCUUUUGAAGAGCAUGUUGGCUGGGCGCGAAUGGCGAAUGCGACAGGCAAGCUGUGCCGCAAUUGCAGAUUUAAUCCAGGGUCGGCAGCCAGACGUGUAUGCCAAAUACGUUGAUGAAAUCUUUACCAAGGCAUUCAAGCUUGUAGAUGAUAUCAAGGAGAGUGUCCGCAUUGCAGCUCUAAAGCUCUGCCAAACAAUAACUGGAUCUGUUAUCCGCACAUUAGAGGUGAGCGAUUCUGACACGAAACGAGUCAGGACUAUGCUUGAAAGCACCAUACCAUUCCUUCUAAGUGAUAAAGGCAUGGAAUCCAGCGUCCAAGAAGUUCAGGGAUUCGCACUUGGAGCUCUCUUACAGAUGAUCAAGAAGGGACCUGGUAACUCAUUGCGGCCGUUUGUCCCUAGCAUCAUAGAGCAGUUUUUGAACUGCCUCAGCUCGUUGGAGCCGCAGGCAGUCAACUACGUCCAUCUCAACGCUGACAAGUACGGGUUAACAGGGCAAGAGAUAGACAAGAUGAGGCUGUCCAGCAUCCGCACAUCUCCCAUGAUGGAAGUAAUUGAGCGAUACCUCAUCGAUAUGCUAGACGACGAGAGCAUGAAGGAAUUCGCAGUCAAGCUCGAAGGCGUGCUUCGGUCCGCCGUUGGCCUCCCAUCCAAGGUCGGAUGCAGCCGUGUGCUAGUCCUGCUAAGCAUGCGGACAGUCCUCUUCCAGCCCUACGCCGAUCGAUUCAUCCAGCUCCUCGGUAAAUACGUCGUGGACAGGAACGACACCGUGAGCGCAUCCUACUGCUCAUCCAUUGGCUACCUCAUGCGUCUCGCCUCAGACGACAGAAUCCUCAGAACAAUCGAGCAUGCCAAAACUCUAUACCUCACAGCUGAAGAUGCCAAUCAGCGGGUGAUCUCUGCCGAGAUACUGCAUUCAUCAUCGAAGUUAUCGAAUGAUCGCUUCAUGGCGUUUGCAUCGACCGCCUUGCCGUUUGUGUUCGUCGCGAAACAUGACCUGGAUGAGCAUGUUCGCGAGGUGUUUGACAAAACGUGGCAGGACAACGUGGGCGGCAACCGGGCUGUAUCCUUGUACAUCAGGGAAAUUACCGAUCUUGUCAGGGAUAACCUGGAGUCAGCUCGCUGGGCGAUAAAGCACACUGCAGCGUUGGCAAUCGGAAACGCCAUCACGUCACUGGAUUCGGAGAUCGACCUGGGCACAAGUCAGUACCUCUGGCCUGCCCUAGAACGGGCAUUGGCUGGAAAGACCUGGGAUGGGAAGGAAAAUGUGCUCAAGGCAUUUGUUCGGUUUGCGAGCCAAGCCAGGAAAUUGUGGCUGGAACAGCCACAGCUGGGAGAGCUGAUGAAGACGAUUACGAUUCGAGAGGCAAAACGAAAUAACCCUGCAUAUCGACCACAUGGCCUGACUGCUCUCGGUGGAGUCGCACAAGCGCGCAAGGACCUUGAUCUUACGGUAGAUGCAAUCAGCAUCGUUUCCAAAGUGCUGGAUGACAUGGACGAUGCAGGAGACCCCAUGGAUGUCGACUCGGGUCGCGGUUCAAGGACAAAACAAACUCUGGAAAAUACGCUGGCGGCUUGUGUAAAUUGCCUCCUGCAGUGCUUUAACUCACCGUUGCAAACACCCUCAAGAGGUCGCACAGUCUUGGAAGGCUAUCUGGCUGAUUUGAGACCAAACAUUCGUAGAGCUAUGGGGCACGGAGGAAAACAGGUGCAGAUUUCUUUGUACGAAGGGCUGCGCCUCCUAUUCACCCAAUUAAGCACAUGGGCUUCCAACAGGGACAGCGAAGCUAAUCAUCUACGCGAGAUUCACGGGAUCUUGGCAGCGCUGACAGUGGAGUCGCUCUCUUGCGAGAUUGACUUGUCGGUCGAGGCCAUCCGAAAGGGACGUGCAGAGGCGAUGGCUUCAUACGUCAAGCUCUGCCAGCAAGCGGGAUGGGAGAUGGACCCGGGACUACGAACGACCAUCGGCGACUGGCGAAAGGAGGAGAGAUCUGGCCCCGUCAGGCAGGUACUCGAUCAGGUGAUCGGACAGUUGGCACCAGAGUAA